UCGAUCAGAUAGUGCCAUCGAAAGUGUCAAAUGUACGGUAGCUAUUCGUAAUUCGAGUGGGGCGAGCUUUUGUCGUCUGCGACGAUCACUUAUGAAUAUCCAUUUGAUUAGAAUCAACGGUUCAUUUUCAUCGGUAAAAGGCGUGAUCACCAGUCGCAGCCUGGAAUCAAAUCGAAGUGUGUGAUUUAUUUUAGUGCGUAGUUAAUUAAUUAAUUAGUUCCUUAGUUAAUUACUCGAGCGAUUAAAUAUGGUGCGUUCAUCGUUGGCGAUACUUUGCGUCGGGUUUGUGGCUUUGGCUGCUGCUCAAUUAGCCGAUGAAAAUGGCCGAGCUGCCGAUGGAAGUUCACUGACCGCCGUCGACCUUCUUCAAAAUAUUUACCACGAAUGUUUGCAAGAAGGAUCGUUCUCCUGCGUAAAGCCCAAAGUCUUGGCUUUCCUAAGCACGUCGAUGGCUAAAGAUAAAAUUAGACUUACCAGGGACUUGACCAUCGUUAGCAGCGAAUCGACUCAAUCUCCCGGUUCUUCGAUUUAUAACGAAGUAUCCAAAGCCUCCGGAUUGGAUGCUGAUAAAAAAGAAGAACUACGAUUAAUGGCGUUGGACAAAUUGGACGAAUUUUUACAUAAUCACGAACUACGUAUCAGAAUACCGAAAGAAAUCACCACCGGCGAAUUACCGUCCAUGGUGCCGAAAAUUCUCACCAAAAAUUUACCAGAAGAGAUCAAAAUCCCUUUGGCUGGUAGCGACAACGAAGUGUCAACUGGCAGAAGUAAAAAAUUCCUGAAACGCGUCGUAAUGCCUUUCUUAAUCGGUCUCAAGUUCAAAGCCACCACCUUGAUCCCGCUAGCUUUCGCUUUAAUCGCCCUGAAAACAUGGAAAGCGCUGACUUUGGCUUUAUUAUCGAUCGUGUUAUCCGGCGCAAUGGUCAUCUUCAAGUUCUCCAAACCAAAAGUCAACUACGAAGUUAUCCAUUACCCGCAACCAGUUCCUGUAUUUGAUGCCCAUCAUCCUCACGAAUACGCUCAUCAUGUUCACGAAUACGCUCAUGCUCACGGACGUCAACUAGACGCUCAAGAAAUGGCUUACAACGGACAAUUAUAAUAGCGAAUUUUUUCAUUUAAGUAUCGUUUUUCGACGACGUGUUUUUUCUAAUUAAUUUAUUGUACUUUUUUUUUUACCAUACACGUCGCGAAAAAUGAUAAAAUACGAAGGGGAGGUUUAGAAAAAUGAACUGAAAUUUGAGUUUAAUAUUUUAGAAAAUGCGAACAAACAAAUAAUAAAGUCUUAAUUUAUGCCCA